AAGUUCCAGGCGAAUCAAUUAAAUCAACCGAGAUUGGGGCAGACCCAAACCCCUCUCCGGUUACUUAUCCUGCAAUGACUCCAGUGGCCCCAGCAAUCGGCUUACCUAAACCAAUUAUCACAAAAUAAUCACAGUAGAGAAGCACUGAAUUCUUACCGAGGUAACUGUCAUCGGAUCCUCUUUGAUUUGAUUGUUGCAGUAGACGCCGUGUUAAUUAACUGUCGCUUUCAACCCCACUGCUGCAUCGGUUCCUCCGUCGCCGCAUAUUACUUCUCAUGGAGACUUCCGAUGGUUAUUCUUCGAAUUAUCAGUUUUCAUCCUCGUUUGCAGGUUCGCGACGAGAUGUUACUUACAGCUGUGGUUCCUGUGGCUAUGAUUUAAACCUGAACUCAUCCAGUCGGAAUACAUCUACCAUUGGUUCCAAAUAUGGUAAAUCUAUCAAGAAAGGGACUAUAUCAUUUUUCUCAAUUGAUGAGAGCCGAUUCAACCAGGUUGAAGAAUUUAGCUGUAUACCAUACUUCAUCUUCAAGCACUCUUGGGGUAUUUUCCGUCGGAGAACGAAACUCCUAUGCCGGAAAUGUGGGAACCUUAUUGGAAUUGCUUCUGACCAGAACAAUGCUUCUUCCAUCCACCUCAUAACAGACGGAUCAGACUCACCCUCUAGCAGUGAAAUCUCCAGCAAGAGAAAGUACGACAUCAGGAUUCGCUCCUUGCAACCUAGUUCAGCUGGUUUUGGUACUCCUCUUGUCUCUUGAUGGUCAUGCGAUGAACCAAUACCACGCAUGCAUUGAACCAAAUGCUUUACACGGGAAAGAAGUCAUGCUGGCAGCCAUUCUUUUCUGCGCAAGUAAGAAGCAUAAGUUAAGUUGCUUGUAUAGAAGUUGUGUUUUUUCCGAAUUUCUAUUUCCGGUUUCCUGCUUAAUCAUUGUUAGCAAAUUCAUGUGGUCGAGCUGAACGAAUGAUAGCCGAUGUGUACAAAACUAUGAAACCUGCAUCAGAUGUGGGGAUUAUGUUGGUGAUUGGAAUGCAGUGAUUUGUUCAUUGUUUGCUAA